AUGCCGCCCAAAAGACCAGCUGGAUUGGGUGCUGCCAGUAAAGCAAAGAAGAACAAGCAGGAUGAAAGCAAAAAUGAAGACACAUCAGUACAAGUGCAACCUACAGCGGCACAAGAUGAUGAGGAUGGAGAUAACUGGGCGGAUCUGGUAGAGCUUUGGGAGAAGUGCAGCAAUAGCUUACAGAGCAGUGAGCCAGCUUCAAGCGCACCACUACUGCGAGGCGUGCUUCACGAGACUUCACGACUCGGAAAUAUGCAUGGAUCCGAUCUGUCUGGUUUCCUUACCGAGAACGACAAUGGCCAGAAAUAUCAAGUGCCCUUAUCGCACUUCAGAUUGAUAUUGGCUUCUGCAAUGCUGGAGUUGGGAAUUUUGAUAGCAGCUUCUUCCCAUUUAGGUGCAGGUAAGAGUCUAGCAGCCACAGGUGAACCCAAAACAGGAACACCGUUCUUCUCUAGAGCAUACUCAGUCGCUCAGACAAUCGAAGACAGUGCUUUCUCAAAAGAUAGCGAAAUUGUGGCUGGUAGAGCAGCCGCUGAAUACCUCAAAGAACGUCUAGAGAGUGAGCCAGAAGAUGAUGCAGACGACGAACUCAAACAUGAAAGCAAAGAGCAAAUUCUCACUAUCGCCAAAGAAAGUCUAGUCAAAGGUGACAUGGGAAGCAGAUCUUCUUCACUUCUGCUUUCAAUUGGAUCCUUGCUUUCCACCCUUGAAGAGGAAAUCAUAGAUCUCAACUCACCAUCCACUGCGGUCGUUGCCUUUACAAGUGCGUUGAAAGCCGCUGAAAAUACACAGGCCAAGUUUGAAUCUCUCGUCGGGAAAGCUAGAGUUUUGGUGUCUCGUGGUAGUUACGUAAUGGAUAAGAUCUUUGAUGAGGAAGAUACGUUUGGUGACGAAGACGUCGAGGAGUACAUUAAAGCUGUGAAGAAUGAGUUAAGAGAAGCAAUCAGUAGUUUGGAAGAUGCACAAAAUAUGACCGACGAUAUAGAUGUUGGUGAAGAAGAAGCCGAAGAACUAACGUCACUUCACAAAGAGGCAAUGAUUGUACUUGCUAAUAUUCUACCCGAGGGUAAAGAACAAGAAGAGCUUUUCAAUAAAGCGGGGGUGGAAGACGACGAGGAGUGA